AUGUACGAGUGUGAGAGCUGUACACGUGUGUUCAACAGCUACCGUUCUUGCGAGCAACACAUGGACGCACUAGACCACUGGGCACCGCAAUACGAAUGUGAGACAUGUACCCGAGAAUUCGGAUCUUGGCACGCUGCCCAGCAGCAUAUGGAUGCACUAGAUCACUGGGCACCUAAAUAUUCCUGCGAGACUUGUGGCUCGCAGUUCGAUUCUGAGAGAGCUGCCAAUCAGCAUAUGCAAGCCAAGGGCCACUUCAAGAAUUACUGCCUCCAGUGUGACAGGUAUUUUGGCAACGCAAACAGUCUCAGCAUGCACCUGAAUUCCAACGUCCACCGAGGAAACAACAUCGAAUGCCCAUUUUGUAGGACGGGAUAUACCGCUGCAAGCAGUCUCAGCCAUCAUCUGGAGUCUGGAUCAUGCCCCAAGGCACCCAGGGUUAACAGAGAGACAAUACUGUCAAUGGUUCGAAAACGCGACCCCCAGGGGACUAUUACCAACAAGCAGAUCGAGUGGCGAAACGACUCGAGCGUCAACGUCAACUACGAAGCAACCUGUCUUGCAUGGAAUGGUUCAGCUUGGGAGUGCUACAUCUGUCACAACGAAUUUAGUACUAUCAUUGGAUUGAACAUGCACCUGAAUUCACCGCGGCAUAAAGGCAAAAUAUAUCAUUGCCCCAACAAGAAGGGUGCAUGUGAGAAGGAGUUUGUUUCCUUGGGUGGGCUGUUUAACCACCUGGAAAGCGAAUCUUGCUCGUAUAUUCGAUUCGAGAAAGUCCAAAAGCACAUCAGCAAUAUGUUCAGUGGACAAAAAUUUAUCGCCUUUCCCGAUUGA